GAGCAGAGUGCGCAGGUGGAAACACCGCCGACGAGACGUGCAGAACGGCCUCGAAGUCGGCAUCCUGAUCGACAACGUCAGCAUGAGGAAUCUGAUGAGACCGAGCCAAGCACGUGUACAUCAGAUAAAGAAAUAAUUGAACGACUCCUUGACAAGUACAAAUCAUAUAAAACUCCUUCCGAAAUUGGUGUUAUUGUUUGGAUCGAGGUAUGGGUCCAAGAAGUGAACUCAGUCAACGAAAUAACAUCAGAUUUCGAUAUGGACAUUUAUGUGACUGAGUUGUGGCUGGAUAAAGCACUUCGUUAUGAGGACAUGAAUCCGUGCAAGUAUAACCUCUCGUUAAACAGUGAGGAAGUGGAUAUGCGAUGGACGAACACAACAGCGCCACUAUCGCUAAUGAAGGAGGAAAUUGUGCUUCCGGAUUUUAUCUUAUCCAAUUAUGGUACCUAUUUGAAACAUGAGAUGUACCCAGCUGGAAUAUGGAAUGAACUAACCAUGACGUUCACAUUUACCAGGCGUUAUGGUUGGUAUAUAUUUCAAGCUUACUUACCAACAUACCUCACAAUUUUCAUCAGUUGGAUCAGCUUCUGUUUGGGUCCAAAGAUGAUCCCAGCUCGAACGAUGCUUGGUGUUAAUUCGUUGCUCGCGUUAACGUUUCAGUUCGGUAAUAUAAUGCGUAAUCUGCCUCGUGUCAGUUAUAUUAAAGCUCUUGAUGUUUGGAUGUUGUCGUGCCUUACCUUUGUUUUUUGCUCACUUCUCGAACUGGCCGUUGUUGGAUCGAUGGGUGCCAUGAGUGAAGUGAGUGCAUAUUCGACAAACUUUUCCCCUGUAACCCUCCCUUAUGCCAUUUUUCUGGCUCAUUUCUUGAUCUGUUCGGUCAAAUGA